UAACGGCUGUGGGGAAUUCGUGGAGGGAGAGGUGGUGACAGCUCUCGGGAAGACCUACCAUCCUAACUGCUUUGCGUGUACCAUCUGCAAACGCCGUUUCCACCCGGAGACCGAGUUACCUUCAAUGGAAGGGACUGUCUUUGUCAACUCUGUGCUCAGCCAAUGUCUUCCAGCCAUCAAGAGAUCUCAAGCUCCAGCAAUUGUGCUGGCUGUGGCAGAGACAUAAAGAAUGGGCAGGCACUGCUGGCUCUGGAUAAGCAAUGGCACCUGGGGUGUUUUAAGUGCAAAUCCUGCGGGAAAGUCCUCACCGGGGAAUACAUCAGCAAGGAUGGAGCUCCUUACUGUGAAAAGGACUAUCAGGGACUCUUUGGUGUCAAAUGUGAAGCUUGUCACCAGUUCAUCACAGGGAAAGUUUUAGAGGCCGGUGAUAAACACUACCAUCCAAGCUGUGCGCGAUGCAGCAGGUGCAACCAGAUGUUCACAGAAGGAGAGGAAAUGUAUCUUCAAGGUUCCACCGUUUGGCAUCCAGACUGUAAGCAGUCCACUAAGACAGAGGAAAAACUCCGGCAGCCUCCAAAUAUGCCACGUUCCUCAUCUGAAUUCUUUUAUCCUAAAAGUCUGAUUCGCCGAACUCGACACUCUCCACAGCCAACCAGGACAUCUUCUGAAAGUAUUUAUUCCAGACCAGGGUCAAGCAUCCCUGGAUCUCCAGGUCAUACCAUCUAUGCAAAAGUUGACAAUGAGAUCCUAGAUUACAAGGAUUUAGCAGCCAUUCCCAAGGUCAAGGCAAUUUAUGAUAUUGAACGUCCAGAUCUUAUUACCUAUGAGCCAUUCUAUUCUUCAGGCUAUGAGGACAAACAGGAGAGACAGAGCCUUGGAGAGUCUCCAAGAACUCUGUCUCCCACACCAUCUGCAGAAGGAUACCAGGAUGUUCGGGAUCGAAUGAUCCAUCGAUCAACUAGUCAGGGCUCCAUUAACUCUCCUGUCUACAGCCGUCAUAGUUACACCCCAACAAUGUCACGUUCUCCACAGCAUUUCCACCGACCUGAGCUGCUCUCUCCUGGUGUGCAGCGGUUGUCACACCUGCGCACUAGCAGUCUCAGCUCCACCCACAAUGACUCCCGCCCCAACUCCCCAUUCCGACACCACCACUUCAUUCCCCAUAUCAAAGCUUCAUUCUACAUUGGCAAUGAGCCAUCCAGCGGCCGGAACUCCCCUCUCCCUUAUCGGCCAGACAGCCGCCCUCUAACUCCAACUUACGCUCAGGCCCCUAAACAUUUCCAUGUUCCAGAUCAAGGGAUCAACAUAUAUCGAAAACCACCCAUCUACAAACAACAUGAUCCAGCUGCCUUGGCAGCACAGAGCAAGUCUUCAGACGAUAUCAUCAAGUCCUCCAAGUUCCCAGCAGCCCAUGCUCCAGACCCCAACGAGAUACCAAAGAUUGAGACGGACCACUGGCCAGGUCCCCCCUCACUUGCUGCCGUAGGAACGGAUAUGAGGCGCAGAUCAAGUGGUCGUGAGGAAGAUGAGGAGGAGCUGCAGAGACGCCGACAACUUCAAGAAGAGCAGCUAUUGAAGCUCAACUCAGGUCUGGGGCAAUUGAUACUGAAGGAAGAAAUGGAAAAGGAGACCCGGGAAAGGACUUCCCUUUCAGCCAGUCGCUAUGAUUCACCACUUAACUCAUCUCCACAUGCUUCAUCUAAAACCUCCUCCCUCCCUGGUUAUGGAAGAAAUGGUCUUCACCGGCCGGUUUCUACAGAUUUUGCCCAAUACAAUAGCUAUGGUGAUGUCAGUGGUGGGGUUCGAGAUUUCCAGACCCUCCCUGAUGGCCAUGUACCUGGAAUGAGAAUGGACAGAGGAGUGUCCAUGCCUAACAUGUUGGAGCCAAAGAUUUUCCCAUAUGAAAUGCUCAUGGUGACCAACAGAGGGCGGAACAAAAUAUUAAGAGAUGUAGACAGAACCAGGCUUGAGCGCCAUCUGGCACCUGAAGUGUUUCGAGAAAUAUUUGGAAUGUCAAUACAGGAGUUUGACAAGUUACCUCUAUGGAGACGUAACGACAUGAAGAAAAAAGCAAAACUCUUCUAAGACACAUCUGCCCACCAAUUUGAAAAGUUAAUGAGGAUGCUGCAUAGGGUGUAGUAUUAUACAAUGGCCACGUUUGAUUGGAGAACUUACAAACUACUUCUCCACAGCAACAACAAAAAGGGAAAAAUCUGAUUGAGGCACCCGCGACCUAAGCAUUGGCCCACCAACAGCAACACUUGCCAAGAAGCAACGGGGUGAAACGUCACAGGUUCCAAAACUUGACAGUAGUUUUCAUGUGUGACCUUUUUACAUUAUCUUCUGUACAUGAUUUGAGCCACUUUCUUAUUUUGUUUCCCUCUAACUGUUGUCCAAAAAUAUGACAGACUGUAUUGGUCAAGCCAGGAAGUGCCCUUAAGAUGCUGAAUGGGGGGAAAAAAGUAGUUAUAAUAACUCCAAAAAAUGAUUAUCUGUAUUACAGUACUGUGGUUAAGAAGGAAAAAAAAACCUGUGUAACGUAUCCAUAUGGUAACAUUAUUCAUAUUGCACAAAUGUUUCUUAAUUGGCCUCAUUUAAAACUGCCCAUUCUGUAGUUGUAAUAGAAAUCAGAGGCAGGCACCUGAGUAAACUACUCCUUUGGGCUGCUUACCAGUGGAAUGAUUUUAAAUGUGUUCCUCAUUCUCCGCUGCACACAUUUGCUAGGAUGUGGUUGGUGAAUUUCUGUGCGUUUGUAAACAGUAUUUCUCUCUCCUCACUUUUUUUUUUUGCUUCAGAUUACUUAGCUUAAGCUUAACCUACCCAGCAAAGGCAAGUAGCAAACCUGAACCCAGCUUGCAAAAAGAGAGGAGGGAAAGCUCUCCUUAAGAUUGGCCUGGGUUACAUGCUCUUUGGGGACCCAUGCCACCAAGUUCCCCCAGAAAGCACACCACGUUAUAGAAAAUAACACUUCAUGUUGUUCGCCAAUGCAAAUGUGCUAGCCUGGCAUCUUCCAUAUAGUAUGUGACACAUGACACAUCCUAUCAAGCUGAAGGUCAUUUCAACCAUAGGCUAAGGAAGGAUGUAUUUUCUCUCUUUCAUCUUGGCAGUUGUGAAGCAGAAAGUUUUGAAUUUCCUCAAUUGAAGACGAGAAAGAGGAAGUUGCUUUCCUUUGUGCAUCAUACUGUUGACCUCAUGAUUUUAGGAUAAAAAUCACUGAACAUAAUUUUUGAAUCAUGUGUUUCAAAAAAUUUCAUUACUGCAUGAAUGCUGUAGUUUUUGAAGGAUAUGUAAUGAAAUAUACGGGGGGUGAGUCGUUUCUGUAGAAGGAUGAGUUUAUUCUACUCCAUUCUUCUGUCCCCUGGUGAAAAGUGAGAUAGGAUAUAAAGCCUUUUAACUUUCUGUUGGCACAUGUAAGCCACAGUAUAAUAAUGCACUGAUAUAAUUACCCAUCUCUUGCUUUGAGUGACACCCAAAUUCUGGCUACAGAGCAAAGAAUUAAGAUAACUUUGUAACUUGACAGAUCAAGCCAUUCCCCCUUGAUGUUCAAAGUCUUGUUAAUAGGAAAUAUAUCUACAUGUACACUUACUAAAAUGGGUAUCCAGGAAUCCCCUUGAAACUUGAAUAGAAUUCAGUCAGAUUAGCUGAUCAUCUUAGAUCACACCUCAUACUGAACAAGAGCCAUUCAGAUUUGGCUCAUUGCCACUGGGCUCCACUGAAACCACUGGUGCAGGAAUCAAAACAUAAUUUUGAAGGUACCUAUAGAUGUUAAAGGAGAAAGUGUUUGAGUUAUCUGCAGGAGUGCCAUUUUUGGCAAGAGAUUGGGGAUUCUGCUCUACACUAGGUUGGGAAUAAUAUUAGUUAUCUGUCAUGCAGCCUAUGGUGGAAACAAAUAGAUUUGUUUUCCAAAUGGGCACUGUGUGGAAGGCUACAAGGGGAAAUACUGUGUGGGUACAACACACUUAAAUGUACUAGGUGCUACAGUAGGAAGUAGAAUCCAUGUAUAGUGGUCUUUUUAUUUACUAAUCUAGUUGAAGCCAUCUAAUUGUAUUGUACCUUCAGAACCAUGGAGUGAAUAUUCAAGGACUGUUCUUGCAUCUAUGUGUCUAUGUAUGUAUGUAUGUAUGUAUAUCUUAGCUCUACUAAAUCACUUAACAAACUGCUCCUGUGCUAGUCAUACUGGGUUAUUUUUUUUUUAAUGAAAACUUCUGCCUUCAUUGUUGUCCCUUGAAGUAUUCAAUGCUUCAUUACCCACUGUGGUGAGAGUGUCUGUUGCUGUUCUGUCUCUGUCUCUGAACUCUCCUAUGGCUGCAACCCUUGCCAAAAUCUUUUUUUUUCAUAUUUUUCUGUCUUGUGAUCUUCUCUAGCAAAGCAAUCUAUCCAGUGUUUUGUGCCCUUUCAUAGUUCUGCUAGGCUUGUUUUAAUAGGAGGGAUGUAUUCCCAAAGUUUAGCCACCAAAAUAAAUGAGAAAACCUACUUGGGUACAAUUCUAACCCUUUGGCUCUCAAAUUGUUUUUCAUCUAAUGGAAGAAAAUAAUGGCUUUCAAUAACUUUAUAAUCUUAUCAGUUAUGACCCAAAAAUGUACUUGCAAGCCAGAUUAUUAUGCAUUUUAAAAAAAGAAAAAUUAGGGUUCCUGUAAACAGUAGGCAUAGUUAAGUAAUUUGACCAAAAAUCUCAUUCUUUGGGCCAGUGUAGGUAAGAUGUCAUUGAAUCACAGAACAUGAGAACUGGAAAGGACCUUAGAUAACAUCUAAUCCAGGCUUUUCAUUGUAUAGACUAAAAACUAAGAUCCCUGAAAGAUUAUAUGGCUUGUCCAAUAUCACACAAUUUCUAGUGGAAGAACUAAGACAAGAACCCAAGUCCCCACAGACCUUGUGUUCUUUCUUCUGAAUGAUAUUACUAUUGCAUGGUGUUUUAUUUUAGGCAGAUCCUACAUCCAGACCUAAAAAGUCGUUUUCCAUCUCAUUCAUUUGUAACUGAUAAUGUUGACCAGAGCAGGACACACUCCCCCCCUCUUAACAUUUGAGCACACGAGCGCGCACACACACACAUCCCAGAACUUCCUGCCAAAGAAUUCAAUAACCUCCUAUCCAUAGGCAAGGUUGCCCUUUGACCUAGAGAAUGAAAGACUUAGAACCUAAAUCCUCAUGAUAGUAAAAUGCAUAUUAGACUAGCGAUCUAGUAAGAUUACUAUAGGAUGGGAAAUGGGGCCAGUCUGGUUUAUGUAACUGCCGAAUCAUACAUGUGGACUUGUCAGUUUCAUUAAAAAUCAGCCUAGCAUGCACACCUUCAAGAUACCUAGGCCACACUAUAGAAUGCAGCUGGGCCUCGUUAAAAGCAACCCUGUAUUGCCUAUGACACUAUUUAUAUAAUAUGUAAAUUAGGGGUAAAUAUUCACUUUACAAAAAAAAGGUUUGAUAUUAGAUGCAUUUAAUUAUCAACUUUCCUUGAUUCAUUUUCAAAAUAUUCUUAGAUUUAUGACCAUCUGAUUGACAUACAACUUUUCAGGAAUGCAUCUAUUAUGUAAAAUGAAGUGUACUUUAGAAGUGAAUCACUAACUAAAUUGUAUGGUUCAAACAAACUUAAGCAGGUUCAAAGUAGGACUUAGUCUUCCUUACCAAUGGUGUCCUUUAAAACAGAUUACAUUGAUUUGAAGAGUAUUGGAACACUGCAGCAAUACAUUUGUUUGUUUUUUUUAGCUUGGGACUAGUUGUGAAGUGCUCUUAAUAUUUUUUCUGCAGUGAGCUCUGUUGAAUCACCUCUUCCUCAAAGCAUCAAAGGAAAAGCGAAAUUGGCAGGUUAAUAAGGUGUGAGAAGCAAUUCUGCGUCCUUGAUACUUCCUGGUCACCUUCACUCAGAAGACUAUAUGCUUCAAAUUGGUUUUCUUCUGAUACGGAAGUUGUGGCCAUUCUCUUAUGACUGCUCUCACCCCUUAGGCUGGUGAGGUAGGUUAUCUUUACCAGCAAUUUAUGGCAGAUUGGCUGGUAAUGUUUAUAAAACCUUAAUCCUAUUUCAUGACACUUUGAAGCAAAUACUUUUUCUAAAGAAUUGCUUCUCUUGGAUACAGUUAAGCUUUUGCAAGUUUGAAAAAUUCAAGUCACUUUUGAUUAGAUAGAUCUUUCUAAAACCUGUUUGAGACAACACCUUAGCAUCACUUAAAAUAGGAGAAUGGCAGGCAACUCUUCCAGGCUGUGUGCUUUUGUACACAUUUUCCUUAUCAGCAGGAAGUAUGUUGAAAGGAAAAGUGAGUUUCAUGUCACCAACCUAUCUGUGCCCUUUGUGGGAAAUAUGUCUGGAGCAAACUCAGUUUUUACAGAUUACCUACUCUUUCUCAUCAGUACUUGUUUACUCUGUACUCAAUUGUUUUUCCUGUGUAUUUGAUGCCUGGAUAUUGCCUUUGCUCUGUUUCUUCCCAUACAUUUAAAAAAACCCACAAAGUAGUUCUUUCUGUGAAAAUGAACAUUUAAUUUUAAAGAACCAGAUGCUUCUUACUGCUAUGAAACUGCCAGUAUCCCCUUACAAAAGCAUUUUUAAUAUAGUAAUAAAAUGGUUUUCAUGAUUUCAAAUACAGAGAAAAAUUAUUUUGGUCAGAGUAAUUCUGCCCACAGCAAGAGCUACUGAAUAUCUUGUAGUGAAAAAGGAUCAUUUGAGGGGGAGAGGGUACACAAGCAAUCAUUGCUUUUUGAAAUGCUGCCAGGGAGGCAAUGGGUAGAACCAAAAAUCAUUCCUUAAUGCAGUUUGAGUUUUACCUUGUCCUAGUUUGAUUUAUGAUUAAACUCGGCAGACAGAUUUAGAUAGAAACAUUCUCUGAAAUAACUGAUAUAUGUGCAGUUCUAAAUUCAACUCAAAUGCUUAUUUUAAGAUACUUCAGGUCUUUGGGUAAUGAUAAUUACCACUAAACAGCAUUCUUCCCUAACAUGUGUCUCCCAGAACUGUUAAUGAACCAUGGUUAUCUGUUUUAAAAGCCGACAUUCAAAAUGAUUACAAUCCCUCUAAUCAUUACAAUUUUUAUUUCACUCCAGGAAGUAAGACAAGAAGAUAUACUUAAACAAUGUUCUACCCAUGGAAAUGAACUUGUUAUUCUUAACAUAAAUGUCCAGUAAUGUGUGUGAUUUAUGUAAGUUGCUGAUAAAUCUGUGCAUGAGAGCCCUUAAAAUCACUUCUACUUUGGUUUUCUUUUUUAAAAAGAUUAAAGGAAUUUUUCUUCCCAUUCCCUCUUCUUGCUUCCAAAAAUAUUCAAACAAGUAUUUGGAAGACUUCCUUUUGGAAAAGAAAAAAGAAAGAAAUGUGUGUUGUGUCUCCUGUGAAAGUGAAUUGUCUGUCUGCCCACUGAGUACUCAAUGCUUGUAUGCAGAGUGAAGAGUCGGCCUGCCAUUCUCUGGGUUGCUGUUCUGUACAAUUACUGAUCUUCUUUUCCUGUUGCAAGCAGCACAUAUUGCACUCCUAUGCCACUAUAAUCUGCAUCACUGUUGUACUCAGAACAAAUCAAUGAAUAAAGUUUUGUGCUUUAUUCUUAAA